AUGUCACAGCAGAAGCAGCAAUCUUGGGAGCCCUCAAAUGCUCCCAAAUGCUCCCCUCCCCAAUGCCCAAACCCCUGCCUGGCUCCUUGUGGUGCUACCUGUGGUGCUCCCUGUUCAAGAGGCUGCCAUUCCAGUUCCCUAAGGACCCAGGCUCAAAGCCCCACCUGUUCUAGGAGAACUCGCCGCCGAAAGCCCCGCUGCCUCAGUGGAGGCACAGUCUACCACUGCAAAGAGGAGGAGUGUUAAGCCAUCAGUGCCGCCUCCUCCUCUUUCUGCCUGUCGGGUUGUGAAACUUCUACCCUGGUCUCUGACAGACUCUCUCUGCGCUGCUUUGACUGGUGGAGGAGUAGAGAUGAUUGA